AAUGACCUUGAGCAUGCUGGAUAAUUUCAGCCGGAUGUUGGAUAUUGCCGAACUUUGAAUCUUAAGGUCGUCUCAAAGCGCUCUCGCUAAAGUACUGCGCUACCUUAGGACAUUUGCCUUGGUUUUGUAUUCAGGGAGGACUUGUGGUGUGAUAUACGUCAGUAAUUGCCAUUGAUUAGAUUUUGCCUUAAACAAUAAAUUCGCGAUGGCUCCUCAAUCAUAUUUUGACAUUCGGGAAAUGCCUGUUUCGGUUGAUAAAGUCGUUGUUUCAGGACUAGAUAGGACACACGAUUCUAUUGUUCGAAAACAAUUUGUAGGCUUGGUUAAGUCCCAAAACCUCCGCGAUCUCUUGGAGAAUGUAAAGGAAGCUAAGGAGAGACUUGUUAAACUUGGAGUCUUCAAGUCAGUUUUCGCUGUUGUCGAUGUGUCGGAUGAUAGUUCGAAGUUAGAUGCGUAUACGGUUACUUUUAAAGUUGUGGAGAAACGCCUUGUCACUGCUCGAAUGUCUAUGACACAUGGGACGGAUGGAGUGACCAAGGCAUAUGGGAAUGUUCGUCUGAAUAACUUCGCUAGACACGCAGAAUUUGCAGAUAUCGAUGUGGAGAUUGGUUCAAACCAUAUGGUUUCCAAAUUUGCAACUAUUUCAAAGCCUUUGGAAAGUAAUCCAUAUGUUCGUUUGAGUAUUGGUGGAACAGAAGGGAACUGGGAUCAUUAUUGGGCUAAAUUUCUACGUCAUGAGCGUUCUGUUUUUACAGAAGCACAAGCAGAAUCACCUAUCGGGCUGCAUAAAUUCCAAUGGGAUGCUAUAUGGCGAGAGACAGAAGUCAAAGAUCAUACUGCACCAUUAAGUGUUCUCAAGGAAAGUGGACCAGCUUUGAAAACUAGCCUUCGACAUAUCUUUGAAUCGGAUUCUCGUCCUGAUUUGGUUUUUCCCGAUUCUGGUUAUUUAUGGAAAAUCAGUCAAGAGAUGGCGUCCAUAACACCGGGUAGUCAAACAGGAAUUUGCGAUAAUCGUGGUGAUGUUCCUUCCGGUGCAACAAAUGGACAAAUUGAUCGUGCAUUACAACUGAAGCUAGAAGGUUUACUACAGAAACCAUUCCGCUUGUGUGAUUGGCUAGUUGGUGAAGUGACGUUUUCCUCUGGUUUGGUUCAUUCGUUGACUAGACAUUCGGUACAUAUUUCUGAUCGAUUCUUCUUAGGAGGACCAUUAGAAUUGCGUGGAUUUCAAUGGCGUACUGUAAGUCCAUCAGAACCAUUGCUUCUUCCAACUAUUCAAACAUUAGGAAGUCCUGGCACGCCUAUAGGUGAUAAUCCACAGAUGACUAUACCAUCUGUAUCCUCGAAUAGUUCUCCAUCAUCACCUAUUGGAGCUGAUGCCUUUUGGUUGACAGGUGCUCAUUUAUAUACUCCAUUACCGUAUUGGGGUGCUGAAGAAGGUUCAUUGGCUGGUCAAUUUCGUCUACAUAGUUUCUUUUUAAUAGGUUCCACACUAGAAAGACCAAUUCAAAAGUUAGUCGACUCAUAUUCAUCUAAUGCAACAACAACAACAACAAUGUCAAAUGAAUUUCGUCAGUGUUUGUAUACAGAGUUGAAGGGUAAACCACGUAGUGUUGUUGGCGUUGGUGUUGUCUUCCGCUUUGCUGGUAUUCUACGCAUGGAGCUAAAUUAUUGUCUACCAUUGAAAAGUCAACCUGGAGAUCAAAUGAAACCAGGAUUCGCUUUCGGUUUUGGCAUGUAUUACAUGUGAAAGAAUGUGUGUGUGUAUGUUUGCGUGGGCGUGUGUUUCCCUUGGCGGUGGGAGGGGGUUACUUUCUUUGUAAUUUUAGUUCAAUUAGUGCUCAUUCUGCCUCUGAUCUAUACAGACGACCUUUUAUAUACAUAUACAAACAUACAUAGAUAGAAUAAUACCAUAGAAUAAAUAACAGCAGUGUUGUUUCAAGGCAGAGAAGAAGAAGAAGAACGUCUUUUACUGAAUAUUCUGUAAUUAGAUUUUUGUUUUCAGAAA